GGCGGGGCUGGGAGCCGUGGGCGGCGUGGCGCUGCUAGCUGGGCGCGGGGCCGGAGGGGCUGGGGAUCUACCCUGCUCUGCGCGCGGAGCUGCGGUGUGCCUCUUGGGAAAGCCCAGCCUUGCGGACAGGAGAAGCGGCGGGCGGCGGCGGACCCCUCCGACUGGUACAGGGCCUCGAGCCGAGCAGGGCCGAGUGCUGCGGGGGGAAGCAACCGCGGCGGCGGGUCCCGAGCGCUGCGCGCCAUGGCGGGCGGGCCCCCCAAGGCCCUGCUGUCCACGGGGCCCCAGUCCCUGCGCGACAUGCCGCACCCGCUGGCCGGCUCCAGCAGCGAGGAGGCCGUGGGAGGCGACAGCACGCCCAGCCCGGACCUUCUGAUGGCCCGCAGCUUCGGUGACAAGGAUCUCAUUUUGCCUAAUGGUGGUACUCCAGCAGGCACUUCGAGCCCAGCGUCAUCAUCUUCCCUUCUGAACAGACUCCAGCUUGAUGAUGACAUUGAUGGUGAAACUCGCGAUCUCUUUGUCACGGUUGAUGAUCCUAAAAAGCAUGUCUGUACAAUGGAGACCUACAUCACAUACAGGAUCACUACCAAAAGUACUCGGGUGGAGUUUGACUUGCCAGAAUAUUCUGUUCGAAGAAGAUACCAGGAUUUUGACUGGUUGAGAAACAAACUGGAAGAAUCACAGCCCACUCAUCUCAUUCCCCCACUUCCUGAGAAGUUCGUGGUGAAAGGGGUCGUGGAUCGUUUCUCAGAAGAGUUUGUGGAGACCAGAAGAAAAGCCCUGGAUAAAUUCCUAAAAAGGAUCACAGAUCACCCUGUGCUCUCUUUCAAUGAACACUUCAAUGUAUUCCUCACGGCUAAGGACCUGAAUGCCUACAAGAAGCAGGGAAUGGCACUGCUGAGCAGAGUGGGGGAGUCAGUCAAGCACGUCACGGGCGGCUAUAAGCUGAGGAGUCGGCCUCUGGAGUUUGCAGCCAUCGGCGACUACUUAGACACUUUUGCACUCAAACUGGGAACCAUUGACCGGAUAGCCCAGCGGAUCAUCAAAGAAGAAAUAGAGUACCUCGUAGAGCUGAGGGAAUAUGGGCCCGUGUAUUCCACGUGGAGCGCCUUGGAAGGUGAACUGUCGGAGCCGCUGGAAGGUGUGUCGGCCUGCAUUGGGAACUGCUCCACGGCCUUGGAAGAGCUGACUGAUGAUGUGACAGAGGAGUUCCUACCAGUGCUCAGGGAAUACAUUCUGUACUCAGACUCCAUGAAGAAUGUAUUGAAGAAGAGGGACCAAGUUCAGGCUGAGUACGAAGCCAAACUGGAAGCUGUGGCUCUGAGAAAGGAAGAUCGUCCCAAGGUGCCGGCAGAUGUGGAGAAGUGCCAGGAUAGGAUGGAGUGCUUCAAUGCUGACCUUAAGGCUGACAUGGAGAGGUGGCAGGGCAGCAAGCGACAUGACUUCCGGCAGCUGCUCGUGGGCUUGGCUGACAAGAAUAUCCAGUAUUAUGAGAAGUGCCUCAUGGCGUGGGAGUCAAUUAUUCCGCUACUGCAAGAAAAACAAGAGACCAAGUAGAUCUGUUCUUGGGACAGAGACUCUUCUGCCUUCACAGGGCAUGGCACCCUGAACCAGAGUGUCCCUGCAGUGCCGGAGAGGUGGCCGUGAGAACACAGCACAACAACACCUCCCGUUUGUGUACUUUCCCCCUCCCCUCCCCCACAGUUGUUUUUCAGUUUAGUAUUUAUUCCUUGGUGGAGCCUGUGAGUCUGUAAUCAUCUCUCAACAGAAGCAUACCUCCAUAUUGUGACGGAACCUCCUAAGUGGAACACUACGAAGACUUGAAACUAAGGGACAGAACAGCUCCCAGAUGACAUGUGACAUCACUUGGGGGCAGCCCAAUUGCUUUUGUGAGACAGAACAAGAACCUUGCUUUUCAGGGACACAGGAGACAUGAAGAAGGCAGCUGUGGCUUGCUGUGGAGACCAUGUGGUUCUGCACUUUACCCCUGAGGGCAUUGACCUGUCCCAGCAUAGGAGGUUAGGUACCUUCGUGGAAAGUCCUUAAUUUACAGUGACUGUGGCCUACUGCCUGCUCAUCAUGAGUGGCAUCUUUUGACUUGUUUCUGGUUCACAUGGGUCCAUUUAAAUCAGUGUCCGUGUGCACCAGUGCUUGAGCCAGCGUCCUCGUCCUUAUGCCAUGCCUCAGGAAGCUGAAGGGAAUGCUCCUGGAUCUUGUUUCUGGCACCACAGUGCUAUAGAUGAGAAGCUUUUCAGUGUGAAUUGGCAAAAAAGGUGCAUUUUUCUUUGUGAAGGUGUAAUGUGCUUGUUUUGCUUGUUUAACCAUUGUCGUGGUUGCUCUUAGACCUCUUAGGAAACAGCUGCUAUUUUAUGGUCAGCGAUUCUCCUGUGUGCCAAGCCCCAGUCCCAGUGUCUGCUUUAUGCAAUUUGCCUUUACUUCACCAAAAAUGUCUGGUUUAAUACUUCCUGUCAUGCCCACUGAAUAUCUGGGCAACCUUGCAGUGAGGGCUGGUAUGUCACAUUGUCAUGACUGUCACCAGUUUGUAAAUUCAGUAUGAAUGUUCUCCAUGAGUGUCUAACACUCAGAAUUCUGUGGUCAGGACGAAAGCAUCUGCAGGGCGCUCAGAGAUGAGCGUGACAGCAUGCUCUUUGCUUCUAGAUGUGUGGGAUCUCCAUCUGCUGCCCAGAUCCGAGACCGCUGGCUGUGCUUAAAGUCUUUAUUCGAAACUUUUCAAGUUGCCAUAAAUCCAGCAGUUGGAAAGGCUCUUUUUCAGGCCAUUGAUGAAAAGCAGCUGCAGAGUGUGUUCUUUCAAACGCAUAAAUCUGAGCUCGGGUAAAUGGAAGGGUUCUGUCUGUUUUUAGAAUCCGAGCUCGGGUGAAUGGAAGGGUUCUGUCUGUUUUUAGAAUCCGAGCUCGGGUGAAUGGAAGGGUUCUGUCUGUUUUUAGAAUCCGAGCUCGGGUGAAUGGAAGGGUUCUGUCUGUUUUUAGAAUCCGAGCUCGGGUGAAUGGAAGGGUUCUGUCUGUUUUUAGAAUGAAGCAGUCGUGCUGCUGCUUCACAUACAAGUUAUUUGCAAAUUCUAAUCAGCGCACCGCGUGCUGAAGCCUCCCUUCCCUCGCGCAGAGCUGGCCUCCAUCAUGGACAGCAGCUAGACAGCAUGAAACAAUUUGCCUUUUCCUCAUAUUUGACAAAUUUGUGAUUGAAAUAAUAGUUUCUGCAACUCUUGGUACUUGCCCAAACCCCCUCUGUGCCAUCCUGAACUCCUUUGAUGUGAAUUCUGUUUGGUACAAAUAGAAAUGGCCCGCUGGAGUGGAAAGGUAAGAACAGUCUGUCCACUCCAAACUUCAGUGGCCUGGAAUCUCAUUCUACCUCCGAAGCCAUCAGGUUGGUGUGGGUGUAAAUGCCCAGAGUCAACCUGAGUGUGCUGGUAGAGUCAGGGCGUGUGUCCAGUCACCGGCAGGUCUCCAUUGUUAGAUGUCAGCAGACACCAAGCUGGCCCAGCAGUGAUGUUCAUCUUUGGGAAACAUGAAACUUGGCUUUGUGGACUGUGCCCUUGCUAAGUGUCCAGCAUAAUGAUGUUUGGCAAGAACUACGGAAAGAAUUAAGGAGAAGCUAAAAUUUGAUGACGAGCUGGUUGCAGAAACCCCAAGUCAAUCCUGUGUGCUGGUUAGCUACACAAGAAGGAAGCCUGUGAAAACAGCCCUGGGCUGCAGGAGAAGUAAACGGGGAGGGAAGCAGGAUCCACAGCCAUUCCCUCACGAGAGGCUGGCUUUUACGGCAUCUUGAAAUUUCUGUCUUCUAUUUAUUUGGCCAGCAAGCAAUGUCCCUAGACUUUGAGAUUCCAGAAAGAGCUGGGAUAAUGGAAACUUUCUGUCCCCUAGAAAUGAUGUCAGUGGCUAAGCCAGGAACAGCCAUGCACAAGAAGGCACUCUUGUCCCUGUCUUCAGGCUAGCAUCUGGCCCAGAAGAGAAGGUGCAGUACACAGGAAAGAGGCUCCUACCCGCCUCCUCUGGGGCUCCCUCGAGUCCCCGGAAGCUCAGCAGUCCCAAGCAUUUGCUUCCUCUUGGCCAAGCCCAAAAGAGAUUCCCCCACGAAAUACUGCUCAGAGACUACAGUGCCAAAAGGCCUUAGAGAGGCCUCAUUCGUUCCUUCUGAAGCCUCUGCCAUGAAGUCACGGAUCCCUCUUGUUUAUUUCCCAUGAGACUUUGCCUUGAGGGCAGAGCACUGUACUCAGGUAGAGAGACAUGGAUAGCUUUGGAGGCUUGAACACGGGACAGUGAAGUGAACGUUGGCCCCAUGACUGCCCGGUCCUGAGAGGUGGAGGGUUUCUUCCCUGUGUUAGAGAUCUGCCCAGGCAAGAGAAGAGUUCUUAAAACCAAGGAGAUUGGAGAGAUGCAAGAGUUUAGGGCAGUGUCGUAGUUUGUAGUAGGAAAGGAUACUAUUGAUGCUGACAAUUUACAAGAAGAAUCGGAGCUGCUGUUCUCAAAGCAAGGAGUAAGGAGGGGCUCCCUCCUCAGCCUCUGUGGGGUUGGGUUUUAUCCUCUCCUCGGGUUCAGUAAUGAUUGCUGGUGAGUGGAAAGUAGGCAGGGGAGGCAGUGGGCUUGGUGCUUCACCAGGCUUCUUCUGAACUCACCAGGCAUUUUCCCAUAGCUGAAACAAGAAAGCCCCACUGUGCUUGGGGACAGAUGUGAACCCCGUGGAGUGUGCUCUAGGUGUUGAGUAGAAUGUACUCUUUCUGCUGUCCACGGGAAGAAACUGUCCAUGCAUACUGCAGUCCUUGGUGAGGCCCGAUGGAAGUUCUGACUUUAGAAGUGAGCGUAAUGGCCAUGCUUCUCUUAGAAUAGCACCAAAAGAACACUCAGCCUCUAGGCUUUGGUCCUGUCCUGUGAAGGCAGGACCUUCUGAAGCUCUAGGUACUAGGUAGCUGGUUGUUUCAGUGAGGUCAUCUGAGCCAUGGUAAGGGCACUAUACUGCACUAUCCUGAGCGGGUUGGGGUGGGUAGAACAAAGCCAAGGACUGCCUUAGAGACUGUGUUGACACUACUGGCUUGGGUCUUGGAGUCAGCUGGAGGUGGGCUCUUCUCAGGCUAGGUGGAGCUGGCGACCAUGAAGGGUGAUUCUUAUGGAGGAUCAGCUCCUGGGGCUGGGCCCCUUCUGGACCCCAUCUUCUCAUAAAGGGUAUUUGGAAAUGAAGUAAGGUAAGCACAUGGCUAGGGGACUUUGCUCACCUUCAUUUACAAAUUACGUUGGGAAUUUGGGCUUGCCAUCUCGCUCUCAAGAGUCUUCAGGAUGACAACAGAUUGCAUGUGCCUUCUUAUGACCUGUGACUUGCUCUGCUCAGGUAGCAGGUGGCACUUAGCAGUAGAGUUGAGGAAAAUGACCAAAUAGAGGUGCAGUCGGUGUGCUGGGGCUGCCUGCUUCCUCCCUGUUUUUAAUUUAGCGACUAAUGGGGGACUCGGUUUUUACCAGCCUGCUCUGUAGGUCGUCAGUGUUCCGUUUUGAAGGUGCCCCCAUGGUUGUACACAUCAGAGGACAGGAACUCGGUGUCUGAGAAGGCUGGAGGCACUGUUACAGGGCUGACCAUUCUCUCUUAAUCAUAUCUGUUUGGAAUAUUCCUGGGUAUGACUGACUAUCCAAUACUUUAUGUGUGGCAAAAAAAAAAAAUGUUACUAGUUCUUAACUAUUGUAGUUUGUAAAUAAGCGCCGUGGGUGGGGAAACUUUUAAAGAGACGAAUAAGAUGUGUAUCAUACAUCGGUGUUCUUAGCACUUGAAAACCAACCUACCCAGAAAAAGCCACAGACUGUUAAAAGCAUAACAGUAGUUCUUAAACAGUUGUCAGUACCCACUAAUUGCCUUACUAGUGUUUUAAAGUGUUGGCAUAGAAAGAGUUUUACGUGUAGAAGCAGUUGGUCUAGAAACUUAUUAUGGGCCAUCUUCAGUCCUCUUAAAGUCACAAGCCAGAGGUAUAGGUCACAGAAGGAGGGUGGCCUUUUGGGAAGCAAGACUAAAUAAAUAUUUCUGUUGGCAAAUGGUAUUUGAAAAUAAUGUCAAGAAACAGGGAGCACAGCCCAUUUUGAUGUUUUUGAGGGAGAAAGACAAGCUUAGUGUGCUUUGGCCUAGUUGGGGUGUGGAGGAUACCGACAUUAUCAGCAGUGACAAAUUGCAUAGCUUCAGAGAACCCUCCAGAUUAUGGCAGCAUGAAAGGCUUGCCUUGCCUCUUCAGAGUGGUCUCAGAGCACACUGGGAUAGAAAUUCUCCAGAGGUUGAAAUGCCAAAUAGCUUACCUGUUCUGCCAACUCACUCCCUACUAAAGCCAGUGUUGAAGGGUCCAAAUGUGCCUCUCCCAGAAGUACCGCCCAAGUAUUGGGUGAUUCUGGGCUCUCCACGGUCCAGGUCAGAGCAGCUAACACCUGUGCACACUGCUGUUGAACAGGCUGGGCCACAGCCUUAGACUGGCACUCUGCCAGGAACAAUGCUGGAGGGAAGGAGAGGGAGCUGUGUCCACUGGGCCUUCAUCCAGGAACAAAUCAGCACAAGCCAGCGUCUCUUCCAGUCAGCACUGCCCACCUAGGCCUGCCGGGCUGGGCUCCCUCAGAGUCCCUGCUCAUUGUAUUUCCGUGUGCCUGCGUCAGGAACGCACGGAGAGACAGCCUACAUCUGACUCCCAUGAAGCAAACUGCCAGCAAACCUUCUAACUCUCAUUCUAACUCUUCAAGGGGCAUGAAAACAAAUAUUUGGACUUUUUUAGAAAUUGUUCUUUGUGUUUAAAACUUCCAGAGAAAGAAACAGGCUUCUGAGGAAUGGAGUCCCACCCUGGUGUGCUGGCUCUCUCUCUGCUGCCAUUAAACCAAAACAAAAGCUGUGAACAUAAGUGCUUGAGGGAAUAUGUGUUGACAAGAAAGUGAUUUAUUUACAGAACUAAGUCUUUGUCUCAUGAAACUACCGAAAAAGAAUGUCACCUUUCUCUUUGUUACAGAACCAGAGAUGUUUUGUUGUAUUUUUUAUGCUGGCUCGAGGUUCUUGUCCGCUUUGAUUUUUCAUGUAUCUGUGUGUAAGAAAUUCUGUUUGUUGUUUACUAUGGAAUUAGUAUUACAUUUUGAGGUAAACAAAGAAUUUGUAUUGCUUGAUGAACUAUUAGCUUGUAAAUUAAAAAAAAAUCUUUACCUCACUUAAAGCAAUGGACCAAUAAACCUAUAAAAGAUGCUUUAUUUA